GCUGCCCGGCCUGACCCACGGGCCAUGGAGGAGGUGGCUGGGAGCGUCCCAUGUCAACACUCUGAGGCCAGGGUGCCCACCCAGAGCAGCUGUGGAAACUGCCUCCACCCUGAUGGGGCGCCCAGAGCACGGCACCAGGAGCCCAGGAACGCUGAGUCGCUCUACUGCGACCUGCCCCGAGGCCCACCCGCGCCGGAGGACCCGCCCGGCACCUCUGCUCCCAGCCUCCAGUCUGUGGCAGACCAGGGUCUUAGGCCGGAGCCUGAGAGGAGCCCAGCCCCGUCAGCAGGGCUCCCUGACGGGGCCCCCACAGCCGUGCCGCGGAGUGGGAGCCAGGAACUCGGUGCGUUGCCCUAUCUGGAGGGCCCGACGUCCUCCCCAGGUGGCAGCUGUGACCAGGGCCCCGACGCUGACGGCAGCUCCCCUGAUGACACCAGCAACUCGUCCUCUGUGGACUGGGACUCGGAGGAGAGGCAGAAGGGUGUCCCCGGCUGGGCCCAGCUCCCUGCGAUGAUCCCUCGGAGGCUGCAGGAGGCACCGAGCGCUGACAGUGCCCGGAGGGUCGCCAGGGCCCCUGCGGGAGGAGACGCUGCAGGCCAGAGAAAGGAAGACACCUGCAGUGGGAGCCGGAGUGUCGGACAGCACUGGGCGAAGCUCCGAGGAGAGAACGGGGGCUUCUCCUUGGAGCGGCACCGUUUAGCACCCAACCAGGCUGCCUCCACCACGCCGCAGAGCGGACCUCGGAGCUCCGCCCCCCAGGCUCCCUCUGCACAAAGGGACACAGCCCAGGCCGCUUCGGCGCAGCGCAGUACACCCCGCGCCACCUCGCCUCCCCGAAUCACCCACAGGGACACCCCCUGGACCUCACCCACCCAACAGGACACUCCCAGGGCCUCGUCCACACAGUGGGACACUCCCUGGGCCACCUCUCCCUCAAGAGUCACUCAAUGGGAUACCCCCAGAGCCUCGGCCACCCGUCAGAGCAACCCUCAACUUUCCUGUUCCCCCAGAGACGGCCAGCGAGAGCAUCCCAGCACCUCUGCUGCUCAGGAGGACAACCCCCAAGCUGCCUUUUCUACUUGUGCUUCCUGGCGGGACAACCCCAGGACCUCCUGUGCCCAACGGGACAACCCCAGGACCUCCUGUGCCCAACGGGACAACCCCAGGACCUCCUGUGCCCAACGGGACAACCCCAGGACCUCCUCCCCCAACCGAGCCACUCAACGGGACAACCCCAGGACCUCCUCCCCCAACCGAGCCACUCAACGGGACAACCCCAAGACCUCCUGUGCCCAACGGGACAACCCCAGGACCUCCUCCCCCAACCGAGCCACUCAACGGGACAACCCCAGGACCUCCUCCCCCAACCGAGCCACUCAACGGGACAACCCCUGGACCUCCUGUGCCCAACGGGACAACCCCAGGACCUCCUCCCCCAACCGAGCCACUCAACGGGACAACCCCAGGACCUCCUCCCCCAACCGAGCCACUCAACGGGACAACCCCAGGACUUCCUGUGCCCAACGGGACAACCCCAGGACCUCUUCCUCCCCCAACCGAACCACUCAACGAGACAACCCCAGGACCUCCUGUGCCCAACGGGACAACCCCAGGACUUCCUGUGCCCAACAGGACAACCCAAGGACCUCCUGUGCCCAACGAAACAACCCCAGGGCCUCCUCUCCCAACCAAAUGACCCAACGGGACAACCCCAGGGCCUCCUGUGCCCAGCGGGACAGCCCUAAAGCCUCUUGUAGUAGAUGGGAUAACCUCAGAACUGCUUGUACCCAGAGGAACAACCCACACACUUCUUCCUUCCGGCGGGACAACCCCGGAGCGCCCACUGCUCAGAGUUGCGCCCCGAAGGACCGUCCUGGGCCACCAUCUCCGCACCACGCCGCCCAGCGGGGCAACCCCAGGCAGUCCUCUCCCCACCGCACCAACAAAGACAUCCCCUGGGCCUCCUUUCCCCUCCGGCCAACUCAGAGUGACGGCCCGCGAACCUCUUCCCCAUCCCGCACCAAGCAAAGCGAGGUGCCCUGGGCGUCCAUAGCCCUUCGGCCAACUCAAGGUGACAGGUCUCAUUCGUCCUCUCCCACCAGGCCAGGCCGAGACCCGCCCACAUCCUCCUCUGGCCCCACGCAGCCCAACUCGCCGGCCCGGCUCACACCUUCCUCCCACAGCCCCAGCCAGCACAGCGCCCCCCGGUCCUCUCCUCUGUAUCCCCGGGGAGCUCCCCAGAUGCCCUCAGAGCCCUCCCAGGCACCCUGUGCUGUGUGCAUCGGGCACCGGGAUGCGCCUCGAGCCUCGUCGCCACCUCGCUCUCUGCAGCACGACCCCUUCCCCUUCUUCCCAGACCCCCGAGCAUCUGAGAGUGACCUGCCUCACCACGAGCCCCCCUACAUGCCGCCUGCCGUGUGCAUCGGGCACCGCGACGCGCCCCGGGCCUCCUCGCCCCCUCGCCACACCCAGUUCGACCCCUUCCCCUUCCUCCCAGACACAUCAGAUUCCGAGACUCAGUCUCCCCAGCACGACCCUCCCCAGCUACCCCCACCUGUGUGUAUUGGGUACCGCGAUGCGCCCCGGGCCUCCUCCCCGCCUCGCCAGGCCCCAGAGCCCUCCCUCCUGUUCCAGGACCUCCCCAGGGCCAGCACCGAGAGCCUUGUGCCCUCCACAGACUCUCUGCACGAGCCCCUCCGGCUCCCCACCCCUGUGUGCAUUGGGCACCGGGACGCCCCCUCCUUCUCGUCCCCCCCGCGCCAGGCUCCGGAGCCUUCCCUCUUCUUCCAGGACCCCCCAGGGACGAGCACAGAGAGCCUGGCCCCCUCCACCGACUCCCUGCACGGCUCCUCUCUGCUGCUCCCCCACGUGUGCAUCGGCCAUCGCGACGCCCCUCGAGCCUCAUCCCCGCCCCGCCACCCCCCCAGUGACCUGGUGCUGCUGGCGCCCUCGCCUCCGCCGGGCAGCUCGGGUGGCUCCCGGGGCUCGGUGCCCCCUGGGGAGACCAGGCACAACUUGGAGAGGGAGGAGUACACCGUGCUGGCCGACCUGCCCCCGCCCAGGAGGCUGGCCCAGAGGGAGCCGGGACCCCAGGCGCAGGGCAGCAACGGGGGCCGCACCCACAGCCCUGGCCGUGCAGAGGUGGAGCGCCUCUUCCGGCAAGAGCGCAGGAAGUCCGAGGCUCCGGGGGCCUUCCAGACUCGAGACGAGGGACGGUCACAGCGGCCCGGCCAAGGUCAGAGUCAGCUACUUCGAAGACAGUCCAGCCCUACCCCCAGCAGGCAGGCGGCCAAGCUCCCUGCCAAGCAAGCAGACCCGGCCCGGCGGAGCAGGACACAGCCCUCUCGUCCCCGGAGUCCCGAGAGACGGCCCGAGGGGGACCGGCGGCUCCAGGGGACCUCGCCACCUCCCAGGACAGCAGCCAGGCCCUCGGAGAGGGAGCCGCGGUCAGGGGGUGGCCGGGCAGGCUCCCGAGAGCCUCCCACAGGGUGGCAGGGUCAGGGGGAGGUGCCAGGGGCCCAGGGCCCUCGCGGACGCCCGGAGAGGAGCUGGAGCACCCAGGAAGAGGGCCUGGGCCCCGAGGCCCGGCAAGAACUUGGGGAGUUCAGCCCUGGGGCCGGCAGAGCCCCAGAGGGAAUGUGGGGGGGUCCACCCGGCGCCAGCUGGGGACAGACAGAGGCCUGGGAGGAGGCCCCUGAGGAGCCAGCCCAGAGGGGCUGGGGCAGCCUGCAGGAGCUGUCUGGACCUGGUCAGCCCAGGAGCCCCCCAGAGAUGCCCUGGGUAGGCCCAGCAGGGUCCUCGCCGCCCCUCGCCUCUGCCCCAGGCUGGGGGGCUGAGGGAGCUUGCCCACACCCACAUCACCCCGAGCUCGACUGGAGGGACCUGCUGGGCCUCCUGCGGGCCCCCGGGGACGGAGCCUGGGCCCGCCUCCCACAGCUGGACUGGGAAGGCCUCCUGCAGCUCCUGCAGGCCCGGCUGCCCCACAAGGACCCAGAGGGCCACUCGGGUGACCCGGCCAAGGCCCCAGGCCCAGAGCUGGGUCCUCCAGGCCCAAAGGACGCCCCGGAGCAGGAGCCCCCCGGGCAGCCUGAAGGGUGGGCCGAGGCCACCGUUGUCAAUGGACAUAGCCCCGGGCAGCGGCCCCAGAGCCCGACCCAGCCGCCCGGCCCUGCCUGCACCUCCACCCAGUGGCCAAAGACUAAAGUGACAAGUGGACCGGAGAGCUCUGUGGCGGCUGAUCUGGAACACCUGGGCCCGCUGCGGGGCAGGAGCGACCCGGACAGGCCCAGCUCGCCCGCACCGGAGUUCCAGCCCGAAGAGCCUGAGGAGUCAGAACCAAGCAGAGGCCGAGGCUCGCUGACCGACCAGGAGCAGGCAGACUCGGCAGACGAGAGGCCAGCAGAGGGCAAGGCUGGGAGCGCCCUCAAGGGCCGACUGGUGACCACAUGGCGGAUGCCCGGGGACCGGCCCACGCUGUUCAAUCCGUUCCUGCUGUCUCUGGGGGUCCUCAGGUGGCAAAGGCUGGAGAAGUGGCCUCGCCCUCUCGGGGGCUACAGGCUGGCCGGUGGAGUCCGCGACAGGCCGACUCUGCUCACUACUCAGUGGGCCUAG